GGUGCCCAGGUUACCGUCCGCAUUCCCUGCUCCGGUGACGCUACCAGGCACAGGUCUGCCUGCCAGGACUCUCCAUAUCUCAGCCAGGAACCUACAUUUGCAGAAGAAGAAAAGAAUGACCACAUUUAAGGAGGAAGUGACGUUCAAGGACGUGGCUGUGGUCUUCACGGAAGAGGAGCUGGGGCUGCUGGACCCGUCCCAGAGGAAGCUGUACCGAGACGUGAUGCUGGAGAACUUCCGGAACCUGGUCUCAGUGGGAGGCAAGGUCCAAUAUGAGAUGGAGACUGUUCCAGAACCAGAACAACAUGAAGAACUUUCCUGCUGGCAAAUAUGGCAACAAAUUGCAAGUGACCUAAUCAGGAGUCAAGACUCCAUGAUCAAGAGUUCUCAGUUCCCUAACCAUAAUGAUUCAACCAGCCAGGUUGGGGCAGGACUAUCUAUAACUCACACAGGCCAGACACCUCACUGGGGAAAUGAAUGUAACAAAUUCUUUUGUGAUAUCUUCAACUUUGAUCUCCAUCAGCAAAUACACUCAGGAGAGAAGUCUCAUACAUGUGGUGAGUGUGGGAAAAGCUUCUUUUAUAGUUCAGCAUUCCGUAUUCAUCAGAGAGUUCACUUGGGAGAGAAAAGCUAUAAGUGUGAUAAGUGUGGUAAGGAAUUCAGUCAGAGCUCACGUCUGCAAACCCAUCAGCGAGUCCACACUGUAGAAAAACCAUUUAAAUGUGAGCAGUGUGGGAAAGGCUUCAGUCGUAGGGCCACACUUAGUGACCAUUGCAAAUUACACUCAGGAGAGAAACCUUAUAAGUGUGAGGAAUGUGGGAGGACCUUCCUUCAUGCUUACCAUCUUUACAACCACCAGAGAGUCCACACGGGGGAGAAACCGUUCAGAUGUGAUAUAUGUGGGAAGAACUUCCGUCAGAGGUCAGCACUUAAUAGCCAUUGUAACAUUCACACGGGACAGAAAUCGUACAAAUGUGACCAGUGUGGAAAGAGCUUCUACUCUAAGGCAGAUCUUUAUUACCAUCAGAGGAUCCACACAGAAGAGAAACCCUAUAGUUGUGAGGAAUGUGGGAAGAGCUACAGAUGGGCCUCGCAUCUUCUGGCCCACCAGCGAGUCCACAGUGGAGAAAAACCAUUCAGAUGUGAAGAGUGUGGGAAGAGCUUUGGUCGGAAAGCCUACCUCCAAGCUCACCUGAAAGUCCACACAAGAGAAAAGCCAUUCAAGUGUGAGGCGUGCGGGAAGGGCUACAAGACAAGCUUGGAUCUUGAAGUGCACCGGAGCAUCCACACAGGAGAGAAACCAUAUACAUGUAGUGAGUGUGGAAAAAACUUCUGUUACAGCUCAGCACUCCAUAUUCACCAGAGAGUUCACUUGGGAGAGAAACGCCAUAAGUGUGAUGCGUGUGGUAAGGAAUUCAGUCAGAGUUCACAUCUGCAAACGCAUCAGAACGUCCACACAGGAGAGAAACCUUUUAACUGUGAAAAAUGUGGAAGGGGCUUCAUUCAUGCUUCACAUCUUCAGGAACAUCAGAGAAUCCACACUGGGGAGAAACCAUUCAAAUGUGAUGUAUGUGGGAAGAACUUCCGUCGUAGGUCAGCACUUAAUAGCCAUUGUAUGGUCCACACGGGAGAGAAACCAUAUAAAUGUAAAGACUGUGGGAAAUGUUUCACUUGUAGUUCAAAUCUUCAUAUCCAUCGGAGAUUCCACACAGGAGAGAAACCAUAUAAAUGUGAGGAAUGUGGUAAGUGUUUCAUACAGCCUUCACAAUUCCAGGCCCAUCGGAGAAUCCACACUGGAGAGAAACCGUAUAUAUGUCAAGAGUGUGGUAAGGGCUUCAUUUACAGUUCAAUUCAUCUGGUGGUCCACACAGGAGAGAAACCCUAUAAAUGUGACAUAUGUGGGAAGGGCUUCCGUCAGAGUUCAUAUCUUCAAAUCCACCAGAAGGCCCACUGUGUAGAGAAACCUUAUAAGUGUGAAGAGUGCGGGCAGGGCUUCAAUCAGAGCUCACGACUUCAGGUUCACCAGCUGGUCCAUACUGGGGAGAAACCAUACAAAUGUGAAGAAUGCGGGAAAGGAUUCAGUCGUAGAGCAGAUCUUAAAAUCCAUUGUAGAAUCCACACAGGAGAGAAGCCAUAUAAUUGUGAGGAGUGUGGGAAGGUCUUCAGGCAGGCCUCACAUCUUCUGACCCAUCAGAGAGUCCACAGUGGGGAAAAGCCAUUCAGAUGUGAUGAGUGUGGGAAGAGCUUUGGUCGGAGUUCACACCUUCAAGCCCAUCAAAAAGUCCACACUGGAGAAAAGCCGUACAAAUGUGAGGAGUGUGGGAAGGGUUUUAAGUGGAGCUUGAAUCUUGACAUGCAUCAGAGGGUCCACACGGGAGAGAAACCAUAUAAGUGUGGGGAGUGUGGUAAGUACUUCAGUCAGGCCUCGAGUCUUCAGCUUCAUCAGAGUGUCCACACUGGAGAGAAACCAUACAAGUGUGAUGCGUGUGGCAAAGUCUUUAGUCGGUCUUCACAACUUCAGUAUCAUGGGCGAGUUCACACAGGGGAGAAACCUUACAAGUGUGAGAUGUGUGGUAAGAGCUUCAGUUGGAGAUCAAAUCUUGUAAGUCAUCACAAAAUUCAUGCUGGUGAUUCGCUUUACAAAGAUGAUGAGAGUGGUAAAAACAUCAAAGAAUUGUCAGAGGAAAGAAGUUCUCCAAAAUGAUGUUUUUAAAAACUCACAUGCAACCUGAAUUCUUAUCACCAGGUCUCACAGGAGAGAAAAUAGUUGUUUUAGUUUAGUCAGUGUUUAAGCAUUAGCUGAAAACAUCUCAGUUUUCAGCAGGUUAUGCAGCAAAGAACCCUUAUAAGUGGCACAAUAAACACUACAUUCAGAACUUUGACAUUUAUUAGAUGACACUUAGGAAAUGGUGCUUAGAAGGAAAAGAGUUUGGUCUGGCCUUUAACAAAAGUGCAGUGAUGUGCCUCAGUCUUUCUGCAAUGAGGGUUCAGGAAUCUGGAGAAGGGGCUGUGACAUAAAUGAAUAGAGACUAGACAUGAAAUAUAAAUUUGAAAGGCAUGGGGGAAAGCCAGGCAGAAACUUAGCUCUAGUGACUAAGCUCCCUGAAUCUCUAAACCCACAGCUUUUUAUUAACACAUUUUUCCCUUUAGCAAAGCAGAUACACAUAUCCAAGGCAAGGUUUGGUAAACAAUAAAGGAUUAUCAGGUUAGGGGAAUUGCCCUCAGCUGUUUGGCAGCAGGUAAUAAUAUGCAGAUCUUCAGCCCUGCUGAAGUUGUCCAUCAGCCUUCUGAUGAACUUCUCGCAUUUAUUAUGCUAACUACUGUCUUUAGCCUCCAGCAGUGAUGGGCAUACCAGAAUUUCUGCCCAGUAAAGUGUAAGCUCCAUGAGGGCAGGGACUUUGCUGUCACGUCUGCACAAUCUUAACAUUCACUCACUCUUGUAGACGUGCUCAGUACUUGUAUGUUAAAUAAAACAAAAGGAAAAAAUGUACAGUAUAUGAAAUCGUAUCCAGAGGAAAAACCUGGCAAAUAAA